AUAAUAAAAGAAGAUGAAUCUUCUGUUACGGGUUUGUCACAUCUUGUCACGUACACAUUUGAGGUUAGAUUCAACUUUAUAUAAAACUGGCUAGAGAUUUGUGAGAUUGAAAAUAUAAACAAAUACAGGAAAAGCUUGUAUGGUAUUCGAAUACAGAUAACGACGAAAAAGCAGACAAACUAGAAAGUAUAAGAAGAAAUGUUUGUAUCAUCGACAUCAAUACAUACUAAGGUUAUUUGGCGUCAUGUUUUCCGUGUAGGCUAUUUUACUGUUUUGCCAGUACCAACGAGGAAGAGCACUGUUAUUUAGAACCCAUUAGUGAAUGGAACUGUAGGAAUUUACACAGAUAAAUCUUAAAAAACAUUUUCUAAUUAAUCACCUACUCUGUCAAAUUUUUAGUAAAAUAUCAUAAAUAAAAUAAAUUUAUUCUAGGAUGUCGAGGACGGGAGGUAAAAAUAGAAAAAACAAGUUUGCAGUUGGUGACAAAGCUAAAGAAACUUUGGAAAAACUAACUGAUGAUGACCCUAUAUUGUUAAUGUUUAGAGAAUAUGCUAGAAGUUUAGAUGACAAACAUGACAGAUAUGAAAGAAUAGUUAAAUUGAGUAGAGAUAUCACUAUUGAAUCGAAGAGAAUCAUUUUUCUACUUCACAGCACUAACGCAGACAUAGAAUCCAAACAGAAACAGGUAGUGGAAGAGGCAGAAAAACGGAUAAAAGCAUUAGUAGACACAACAUUCAAAUCCAUAGCUUUAGAAUUAAUUGGUCUUGAUAGUUAUCAAUAUCACAGAGCAUACACUGGCGGUGUGCAGGAAUUUAUAGAAGCCUGUGCAUUUUGUAAUUACAUCAAAAAUGAAUCUGUUGAAGACUGGAAUACCAUGAACAGUAUGUUCCACUACAAAACUGAAAAUGGUGAUGACAUAGGUUUGUUAUUCCCGCAUACUGAUUAUAUUUUAGGGCUAGCAGAUUUUACUGGUGAACUUAUGAGAAGAUGUUUGAACACUCUUGGGGUUGGUAAUGUUGGGGAAUGUUUCAAAUUAUGCAACUUUGUGAGACACAUCAACACGGGAUUUUUAGGAUUGAUGGCACCAGGACAAAAAGAACUAUCUAGGAAGGGAUAUGUUUUACGUCAGAGUUUGAGUAAAAUGGAACUGGUAUGUUAUAAUAUACAAAUAAGAGGAAGUGAAAUCCCAAAACACAUGCUUCUCAGUGUCAUUGAAUCCUCUGAUGCACAAGAAAAUGAAGACGAGGGUUUCUUUUAAAUGGAUUUAACUUUAAUUUUAGUAGUUAAGCUAAUAUUUGUAUUGAAUUUCAUAUUAACUAUUCUUUAUUUAUAAAAUAUAUGAGUAUUAUUUAUACAACAAUAAAUGUAAAAUGAACUAGAUAAAAGUUGAAAUGUGUAUACAG